CCGCCGCCUUCCACAAUCACGACACCCCGCCAUGUCCAAACGACAAGCUCUGGAGCCUCUCGAAGAGGUCUACGACGCGCCCUCCCCGGCUCUGAAACGAGCGCGAGUCGAAGAUGAAGAGAUGGAAAGCCCACCACCGGAGGGCGCGAUCACAAACGGCUACAGCAUGCCUCUGCGACUGCAAGACCAAGGAAAGAUGGACAUAGUGGGCGCAGAGGCGGAGGAGCAUGCGGACGACGACGACGAGAACGAGCCGGCGAUUGCGGUACCCAAGCGACAGACUGCGCCGGAAGCUGGAUACACAGACCUGUACCUCGACACAAUAGCGCGCAAGGUGCUCGACUUCGACUUUGAGAAGCUCUGCUCCGUCACACUAUCCAACAUCAACGUCUACGCGUGUCUCGUCUGCGGGAAAUACUACCAGGGACGAGGGCCAAAGUCUCAGGCAUACUUCCACGCGCUGGAAGAGGGUCACCACGUGUAUGUGAAUAUGGAGACAAAGAAGGUCUACGUGCUUCCAGAAGGCUACGAGGUCAAGUCGAAGUCGCUGGAGGACAUCAAGUUUGUCGUGGACCCGCGCAUGAGCAAGACGGAGGUGGCACGGCUGGACAAGGACCCCAAGGUGUCGUGGGACCUCUCCAACAAGGAGUACAUACCAGGCUUCAUCGGCAUGAACAACAUCAAGGCGAAUGACUACUUCAAUGUCGUCGUCCAGGCGCUGUCGCACGUUGCGCCAUUGCGAAACUUCUUUAUGCUCGAGGACCUGUCAAGUCGGCCACAACUCGCGCAACGAUUCAGCACUCUCGUCCGCAAGAUCUGGAAUCCACGCGCCUUCAAGACACACGUAUCACCACACGAAUUACUCCAAGAAGUCGGACUGAGAUCUUCGAAACGCUUCACACUAUCCGAACAAUCAGAUCCCGUGGACUUCCUCUCCUGGUUCCUCAACAACCUGCACCUGGCCGUCGGCGGCUCAAAGACAAAACCCGGCUCCAGCAUCGUGCAAAAAGUCUUCCAAGGCAGCCUGAAAAUCGAGUCGCAAGAAAUCACCGCCCGCGCCGACGCUGGGGAUCGUCUGCGCUUCGAGGAUGCAGACGUGAAGACGGAGAUCUCCAAAUUCCUCGUCCUGACCCUCGAUCUCCCCGCAGCGCCCCUCUUCCAAGACGCGCUCGAGAAGAACAUCAUCCCCCAGGUGCCCCUGACCACCAUCCUAGGCAAGUACAACGGCAUGCAGCCGCAGGAGAAGAUGAAAAACCGCGUCCGCUACCGCCUGCUGCACCCCCUGCCCCCCUACUUGUUGAUGAACAUCAAGCGCUUCAGCAAAAACAAAUUCGUGUCCGAGCGCAACCCCACCAUCGUCACCUUCCCCGUGCAAACACCCCUCGAUAUGUCGCCGUACGUGGAGCCGAAUCCGAGGGAGUACCCGCCCGGCGAGCCUAUUUGGUACGAUCUCGUCGCGAACAUCACGCAUGAGGCUGUCAAGAAGAAGGAUGACAGUGUUGAGGGCGAGCAGGAGAGCAAGGUUUGGCGCGUCCAGCUCAAGGAUCGGAGUCGCGAUGAUUGGUAUGGGAUUCAGGACUUGUUUGUGGAGAAGGAGCGGGGCGAGACGCUGUUUACGAAGGAGAGCUAUUUGCAGGUCUGGGAGCGGAGGAGAGGCGGGAAGGCGAAGGGGAGGGCAUGAGCUCUUGGGAAGGUAGAAGUUUUUUGGAGUAAUGGAAGGCGGAAAGAUAGAUACCUUUGGCGAAGAGGGUCAAGCAUGUACGGCUCUAUGAUGUAGGAGUAUUGGUUGUGGAGACUUUUGGCUGGAUAUUUGCAGUCGUCCCCUGGUAGUUGAGGGAUGUAGUUACAAAACAUUUACCAAAUAACAC